ACAAUUACCAUCGUCUAUAUUGCAAUGAGUAAUUUCAAAGGUAACAUGGUGUCGUGGUAAACAUCUAGUUAUAAAUUAGAAAUGGGUAAAGUUUCAUCGAGUAUUCCAACGUUUAAUAGUUUUUUAGGAUGUUUUUCUCUGGAAAAUGGGACAGUUUUCAUUUUAUGGGUAUCUGUGAUACUCGGGUUAUUGAUGAUGUUCCUGCCAUCAGGCACGGUAAGAAUAGCUGGUCAGACUCCCUCUUCUGAAUUUUGGCAAUCUUUAUCAGAUACUCAGGGGUCAUGGACGAGGGUGCUGGGUGAAAAUGCAGAUCUUGUGCCGGAAAUCAGAGAUCCUGGCAUGUUGCACGCAGAGAUAGAAAUAGGCAACAAUUGGAUUAAUUUUCCUUUAGGAUUGAUCACAAUUGCAGUUAGUGGAAUGGCGUUAUAUGGUAUAUUCGAAGACAAUGAUGUUAAAUAUAUAUUUCCAUAUCUCUCAUGGAUUACUGCAUGUUUUGUCAUCUUCAUCAUGAUAGGAUUAUUCUCUCCUCUUGCACUUUUCAUUCUAUCAUUUUUAUUAGCUUUGAUUGCAUUAGGUUUCUUCGUAUAUUGUUUAUUGGUCGUAUACAGUUUUUACACAGUUUCCAGAAUGAAAGGUGGUCGAUAUCAAAGAGCAGCAUUGACUGCUUGAAAAAAUUUAAGAAGAAAUUUACACACAGCUUAUGUAAUAAGUAGGCCUAAUUCUCAUUUUUGUAAUACGUGAUAGGUAGGUAUGUGAGUUACAAAUUAACAUUAGCUUACAUAUUUUUAAAUGGAUACCUAUUACUAAGGAACUAAAUACCAGGUAUGGAAAUACGCCAUUUUCGGUCAUAGAUUUCGUAGUUUUAACGGUGAUGUGAUUUUUUUCAUUUCAGUCAUAUAAUGAAAUUGAAUCAAAAAUAAGGUGGGAAAAUGUUUAUUUUGUGUAUUAAAAUGAAUAUGAAGUAAAAAAACAACGUAAAUUGGCGGUAUCAUUAAUAAAUUGAGUCCUUAAAAUUUUUUUUCUAUAGCCAAAGAUGGAGUAUUUCCAUACCUAGUAUUUAGUUCCUUCCUAUUACCUAUCUAAUAGAUAAUAUACUUAUACAAUCGUAUCAAUUAUUUAGCUCGAACGUAUUUGAGUGUUCGAAAAUUGUGACCCGAUUUUGAGGCUCGAAAUAUAAUUUU